UAUCUCGAGUGGGAGUUGCGGCUUAUGAUCACAAUGGUGGUAUGACAGAAGCGCUGUCAUUUAGAAUCGAACGGAUAACUUAUUUGUCAAAUAUUUGAAAAAACAUCACCGCAACACAAUGGCGAUGGGAAAAGGUUUUCGCGUAUACGAAAAAUUAAAACCACCUAGUCCACAUUCCCUUUUGUUAGAACGUCGAAAUCAUAAAGAAACUGUCUUAUUUGAAUCUCAGGCUGUCGCUGUACUUUCUCUUCAAGAAACAGAAUCCUUGAAAGGACAAUAUACGAAAUUGUUAGAUGCCUAUGGAUGUUUAGGAGUAUUACAAUUAAAUGCAGGAGAGAACACAUUACUUUAUCUUGUCCUUGUUACCGGUUGCUUCUCAGUUGGUAAAAUUGGUGAAACUGAAAUCUUCCGAAUCACACAAUCACAUUUUGUUCCUUUACAUUAUAGUCAAGGAAAUGAAGAUCGUGUAUCAGAAGUUAGAAAAUUCCUUAAUUCUGGUACAUUUUAUUUUUCUUGGACAGGCGGGCAACAGGAAUGUCUUGAUAUCACUCUUAGUGCCCAAAAAAGAAGUAAAUCAACGACCACAGAUAAUAGAUUCUUUUGGAAUCGAAUGUUACACAUUCAUCUGUUAAGAUAUGGAGUAGAUACGAGCCAAUGGUUACUCAAAGCAAUGUGUGGCAGUGUAGAAAUUCGUACAGUUUAUGUGGGUCAUAGACAAGCUCGCGCAGUUCUUGUAUCAAGAUUAAGUUGUGAAAGAGCAGGUACUAGAUUUAAUGUCAGAGGGACCAAUGAUGAUGGACAUGUAGCUAAUUUCGUGGAAACCGAGCAAACUAUUUAUUUGAAUAAUGAAGUAACAUCUUAUAUACAGACUAGAGGAUCGGUUCCAUUAUUUUGGGAACAACCUGGAAUACAAGUUGGUUCGCAUAAAGUUAAAAUAUCCAGAGGAUUUGAAGCUUCAAAACCAGCUUUUGAUAGACAUUUAACUAUGAUUAAGCAAAGGUAUGGACAACAAGUGAUAGUAAAUCUUCUGGGCUCCAGUCUCAUUGGUAGUAAAGAAGGGGAAGCAAUGUUAAGUCAAUUAUUUCAAAAACAUCACACUAUGUCAGAACACAAUGAUGUACCACACAUAUUAUUUGAUUAUCACCAGGAGUGUAGAGGUGGAAACAUGAAGAAUCUCUCCAAACUAAAAGCUAAAGUGGAAAAGUACUUAGAGUCCUUUUCCUUAUUUUAUGCUGCUGGAAAAAAUGUAAUACUUGAACAAACUGGUACAAUUCGUACUAAUUGCUUAGAUUGCUUGGACAGAACUAACUGUGUACAAACUUUUUUUGCAUUAGAAUUGCUUGCGCAGCAAUUGAGUUUACUAAAACUACUUGAAAAACAACAAAUGGUAUCAAGAUUUGAGGAAAUUUUUCGUCAAAUGUGGAUAUAUAAUGGCAAUGAAGUUAGUAAAAUUUAUGCUGGAACAGGGGCGAUUCAAGGAAGCUCAAAAUUAUUAGAUGGAGCAAGAUCUGCCGCUAGAACAAUACAAAACAAUCUCUUGGAUUCGAGUAAGCAGGAAGCCAUUGAUAUUUUGCUCUUAGGUUCUACAUUAAAUACAGAGAUAGCUGAUAGAGCUCGAUUAUUGUUACCAUCUAAUAUGUUACAUGCUCCACCAAGUGUAUUGAGAGAAAUGUGCAAAAGAUAUAAUGAAUAUGUAACAACAAUGAAGCUUAGAAUAAGCGUUGGUACUUAUAAUGUGAACGGCGGUAAACAUUUUCGAAGCGUAUCACAUAAAGAUAUUUUACUUUCUGAUUGGUUAUUAGAUGCUCCGCGUCAUUCAUCGUCAUUGGUAUCUGUGGAAUAUGAUAACGUACCUGUGGAUGUAUUUGCAAUUGGAUUUGAAGAAAUAGUAGAUUUAAAUGCUAGUAAUAUUAUGGCAGCUAAUUUUGACAAUGCAAAAGCUUGGGCAAAAGAAUUACAAAAAGUAUUAUCAAGAGAUACCGAAUAUGUUCUUGUUACAUAUCAACAAUUAGUUGGAGUUUGCUUAUAUCUAUUCAUACGACCCGAACAUGCUCCUUAUUUGAGAGAUGUUGCAGUAGAUUGUGUGAAAACAGGUUUAGGUGGUGCUACGGGUAAUAAAGGUGCGGCAGCUAUACGAUGUGUCUUAUAUUCUACAUCUUUAUGUUUUGUAUGCGCCCAUUUUGCUGCUGGCCAAUCUCAAGUUACUGAGCGCAAUGCCGAUUAUGCAGAAAUAACGCGAAAAAUAACGUUUCCCAUGGGUAGAACACUAAAUACUCAUGAUUAUGUAUUUUGGUGCGGAGAUUUUAAUUACAGAGUUGACAUGGAUAAGGAUGAAAUGAAGGAAAUGAUUAAGAGGAAUGAAAUUGAUCAAAUACUGCAAUAUGAUCAAUUAAAAGUACAACAGGAACAGGGUAAUGUGUUCAAAAACUUUUUGGAAGGAUCCAUUACAUUUCCUCCUACAUACAAGUACGAUCUUUUUUCGGAUGACUAUGACACGAGUGAAAAAUGCCGUCAGCCUGCAUGGACAGAUAGAGUUCUUUGGAAACGAAGAAAGCAAAUACCUGAUAUUGAUUCUCCUACAGAUUGGUAUCCAGGGAAGCUUAUUUAUUAUGGUAGAGCAGAAUUAAAACAAAGUGAUCACAGACCUGUUAUUGCUAUUAUUGACGUAGAGGUUUAUCGCGUUGAACCACAACAAAGGGAACAUGUAUUUAAAGAAGUAAUAGAAGAUUUGGGUCCACCGGAUGGAACGAUAAUAGUAAAAACGGUAGACGAAACAGAAGAUGCUGAUAGCGCAUUUGAUAGUAAUGUUAUGAUGGCAUUGGUACAAGAUCUGUCUCAUAUUGGCGAAGUGAUUCUCGUGAGAUUCGUUGGAGAAACAAUUUGGGUCACCUUUAGAGAUGGACAAUGUGCUUUGGCCGCUGCAAAAAAAGGAAUGACACAUGUCUGCGGCCAAGCAUUAACUUUAACAUUAAAGUCACCCAAUUGGAUGCAACUUAUUGAGAAAGAAAUAGAAAUUUGUAGCAAUACCACGGCAUCGCAAUCUAGUGCUUUCUCGUCUAUUUCGAAAACUUCUUUGCCAAAAUUAGAACAAUUAGGAAUUGCAGAACAUCCAUCGCCUAAUAAAGGAAAUACGAAUGAUGUUACACCACCGCCUAGGCCAGCUCCACCAGGCAGACCAUCUCAACCGCCUAAAAGUCCAUACCAAGAGAAAAAACAAAUUCCCCACGCAGGUGUAUUUAGCGUAUUACCUAAUCAAUUUCCAACGACGCCAGUUAAAGAUAGAGCUGAAUCCGAACAAGUGGAAAGAUCGUCUCCGGAAUCUGCAAUUUACGAAGAAAUAUUAGAUGGAUUUCCUAAUUAUCCUGCGCCAACUAGACCACCGCCGCCAUUACCACGUACAGAUCCUUCCCAAGAAUCAUCGAACAAGUGUAUUAGUUCUAUACCUCCUCCAUUACCGCAAAGACAAAUUCCUCCACCUCAGCAUGCCCCGCCCAGCUUGCCUACAUCGUCGGUUCCACCACCGGUUCCAGCGAGAACAUCAGGUGGUCCACCUAUUCCAGCGAGAAAUCCGCAUUAAAGACAGAGUUUACGUUAGUCCUCAUUUAGAGUAUUAUUGUCAUCUUACAUAUAAAUAUUUAUGACACUAAAUAGAGAAAUGAGAUAAAAACAA